CCAAUUUUAAACACCAUUUAACAUCAUGAUGUACCAACGAUGGUUUACUAUGGAUGUCACUUCCGUUAGGACCAUUAGAAUCAUUGAUCUGGCAGCAAUGCUGCCGACAUGACACAUGACAUUCAUCCUGACACUAAUUUUUUAGGUUAUGUUUUCUGUGGUUAUGUUAUUGAGGUUUUCGGAUAUUCUUUAGGUAUAUAAAUAGUUAAUUUUGAAUUAGUUUUUCAACAAAUAUCUGUGGAAAAGUGAUUUAGGUUACGAAAAAAUAAAAAAUGCAUUGGUCGUGAGUAUUCAAUUAAGUGCUAUUUAGAUUGAAAAUGGAAGACGCGCUUAUUUUGGAAUUUCAACAGUUAAAAGUUUCUGUUCUGAAAAAACUGGAAAAAAUUAAUGCUACCAUAAAUAAAUCGAAUCUGUCCAGCCCUUCAAAAGAAGAAUGUAGAAAGAAGGUAAGUGAAGACCUUAUAGUUAUUCCUAAAACGCCAGAUAACAGCCCAGUGCAAGGUUAUUUAAAAGCAGUGGAAGCCCAAAGGAAAAUUGGCGUUCUUAACAAUGUUCAAGCACGUUUAAAAAAGAUCGAAGAUUUUGCUGUACAACAAGAAGUAAAUAAAAACAAACAGUGGUUACAGAAACAGAAAGAAUUCGUGAAUGAUAUACAGCAAAAGGAAGACCAUAUCUUCCAAGCUCUUGAAGAAUACGACAAAAGUUCGUUAAAUAACCAUGCACAACUGGCUUUGUAUUAUAAAAAUUUGGAAUUACGCCGCCAGCAGCACGAAAACGAGAUAAAAAAUCGAGAAAAAGAAAAACAAAUACUUUGUGGUUAUAUAGAUAAAAUAAAAAAACUACAACAUUCAUUUAGAAGUUCUUAUGAACAAAUUUUACUUAAUUUAAAGCGAUGCACAAAAAUAGAGGAAUUAAAAACCAUGCUGGCAGAUGAUUUUAAAUUAUUGAAUGCCCUUCGUCCCAAUUUUGAUGGAAUUAUUAUUAAAUGCAAAAAUGGAAAGAUAUCUGAAGAAGAUGUAGAAAAAGCAUCAGAACUUUUCGCACAGUUACAAUUACUAGAGAAAAAGAUAUGUCAAAGUGUUGUCCAGAUUAAUAAUAAAGAAUCUAAAGUAGAAGUUGAAAUUGUUAAAGAACCUCCACCUAAACCCGAUAUAAAUGUAAGUAAAUAUGCCAGUAUAGCAAAUUUGAAAAUAUAUAUAAACCUAAUGGAGUUUUUUGAUAAAUAUCUACAAAAUUUUAAGAAAUUAGAAACUGACACAUCUCAAAAACAAUUCAUUCUCGAUUGUAAACGAGCUAUUAACAUUCCUGUAAACUCUUUAUCUGGUGUUAAUUCAGAACACAUCCUAGAUAAAUACAAUAAAUUAUACAAACUAUUAAAAGGUCAAGAUGUUAUUAUAAGUGAUAAAAGAAUAAAUGCAUCCAGUCAUCCAGAAGGGAUUCCAUUUUGCCUGAAUCUACUAGCAAAACGAUUUAUAUUACAAAGUGAUUUGAUUAUUUCAAGUAAUCCUGAAUCAGCAUUUUGUUAUGCUACUGUUAUUAUGUCAUUGUGGAAUGAAUUUCCUGAAUUUGGUCAGUUGAUGUUGGCAUAUUUUUACAAGACUUGUCCAUAUUUGGUGCCCUAUUAUGUUUCAAGACAAGUUGGGGAGUCUGAUGAGGAAUAUUAUUCAAGACAGGGUUAUCAGUAUAAUAAUGGACAGAUUGAGACGCAAGAUAAGUUUCUUAAAAGAAUGACAGGUGUGAUGUGCCUUUAUGCAGCCAUCAUGGUCGUGAAACCGAAAAAAGGCCAUACAAACGUCUACAACAUCAAAAACGGUUGGAACUGGCUGGCAGCAACUUUGAAAUUAGAACCGCAAGUGGAUAUUACCGCAACUCUAAUUCAUACCUUCCUGGAGACCGUAGGAUUCGAACUCGAAAUGUAUUAUGGGAAAACGUUUCAAAAAUUAAUCAGAAUAAUUGCUGAGAAGUUUUUACCUAGUUGCAGAGAAAAAUGCACUGGAGGAGCUGUUACAAGGUUGGAAUUGCUGAUGACUGAAUAUUAUCGGAAUCGGAAGUUCGAGGCGCCUGAUGGAUAUUUAAGUUAUUAUUACUGGUGAUUGAUGAUAUUUAUAUUAUAUAAAUGAAAUUUAUUAUAAAUUGCUUUUAAAUAUUUUUUUUUUGAAUAAAUGAUUUAAAAUUG